AUGUCCCUAAGUGACGUGGAGCCUGAAAGUUCGCCACCCAUCUGCAUCACGGUUGGAGACCAAGGACUGUACGUCAGACACCCUUACCGCGUAGCCUACCGGCACCUGGGCGCCUCCGAUAUGUCGAGAUACGAGCGUGAGGACGACGGCUACUUCCGCCACGACCGGUACGCCAGCAGCAACGGCGGCGGCCACCUGCAGCCUCCGUCGUCGCACCAGCGGCCCCGCUCCAUGCCGCCUGUGUCGGGCGAGCUGGUCCGCGGAGGAGGAGCCCCGUUCAUUUCGUCAAGUUCUACCCGCUACGUCAGCAGGAGUCGGAGCAGGACCCGCAGGAGCAUCAGCCGCAGCCGCAGCCGCAGCCGCAGCCGGUCGCGCGACCGCAACCGCGGACAUCAUCAUCACCACCACAACCCCAUCGACCAGGCCGAGCAUGCGCUCAAGCACACCUUUACAUCGUCCAAUUCAGGCAUAGGCGUCGGCAUCCUCGGCGCCGUGGUCGGCGGCCUGGCGGCGCGGCACAUCACCGAGGCCUCGUCGUCGUCGUCGUCACGGCAAGGCCAUCAUCACCACGGCGGCAGUAGCAGCAGCAGCAGUCAGCAGGAGAAGAAGGAGCACGAGGCCAGGCUGCUGGUGUCGACGCUCGUGGGCGCUGCGGUGGGCGGUCUCGGCGCCAACGCCCUCGAGCGGAGGAUCGAGCACAACCGCGACAAGAAGAUCGAGCGCGAGGAGGAGUGGAGGGGCAGGGACCGUCGGGUGGCGACUAGGAGGAGUCGGCCGCUGCCGCGCGACGGGCUCAACUCGGACUAUUACCGCGAUCAUCCGGCCAGCCCCGACUUUGAGCGGGAUCACGUAUAUGACGACAGAGGGCCGAGGAGGAAGCUGGGCUACUAUUGA